AUGGAGGUCGACAUACUCAGUUAUAUUCCGGAAGCCUUGCAACUUCGUAUCCUCUGUUGUCUUGAUGCGAAACAAGCUGUUCAAACAUCGAUGUUGUCAAGAACUUGGGUUUCUUUGUGGACUAAGACCCCAGUUCUUAAUUUCAAAUGCUCUUCUUUCAAUAACCUCGAUGCGUUCAAUACCUUCGUCAACAAGGUUUUAUGCCGCCGUGAUCAUUUAGCCAAGUUGGACACGGUAAAGUUCCUCGGUCUAAUAAGAAGUACUCAGACUUUGAAGAGUGUUUUUGAUUUCGCGUUUUCGCAUGGUGUCAAGCAGUUGGAAGUAUCCAUCCAUAACUUUGCUGGAAGCAAUGCAUGGCCGAGUUUAAAAGUACUGCAAUCGUGGUGUCAUUGGAUCAUGUGUCCGUUUCUGGGUUCAGGAUCUACAUCAUUCAAGAAUCUGACUGUUUUGCAUCUCACACAUGCUAUCAUAAGGGAUGUUGAACCAUAUUCAGGGUUUCCGAUCUUGGAGAGUUUGAAAUUGCUUUAUUGUAAUCUUUCAACAAAUGGUAAUAUAAAUAAAACUUUAAGGGUAUACAGUCUUCGACUUUCUCAUUUGACUAUCUCAUGGUGUACGAGCAUCAACUGCUGCAAACUCGAGACUCCAAGACUCAGAUUCUUAAUUGGAGUACCGAGGGUAUGA